CAGAAUGCGUCGGCUGUCUGCUGUUUACAACUACAGCUCUCUCCAACUGCACUGGGAACAAACAGAGGAAAACCAUGAAUUCUUAAGGUUUAGACAUAAAGGAGCUUCUACUUGAUUCUCAGGAUCCUUUCAGAACUGCUUGUAUAGAUUUUGCGACUAGACGAUGAAAGCUUUAUGCUCCUGUCAUCGAGCAAGCCCCAGUGUCAGACACACCUAGUUCAGCUACACCCACCACCAGACGGUCUGCUGGGUGUUGGGUCAGUCCCAGGCAGCAGGCAGCAGGCAGGUCCCAGGUUUUCUUUUGGAAUGGAAAGAUGAGGAGAUGAUAAAUUUCGGAAACUUGGAACAGGUGCAUAUCAUUUCACAAACAGCUGUAAUUUUCCUCUUCUUUUAAGACUUUGACGCUAUUGUAACAGCAAUACUUCAAUGGGCACUUGUUUGGGCCAUUGUUUUGGUUCUAAUCCAAGGAGACAUGAAAAAUGUCAUUCAUUAUAUUGUUCUAAAACAGAUUAUGUGCAGUUUGGGGCUCUUAACAAUAAUAGCACGAUUUUCAACAGACAAACCUACAUCCCAUCAAGGUGCGAACAGACCUUCUUUCCAUCAAGCCUAUCAUCAAUCUUUUCCAUGACAAGGAGAAAGGAGCAGCGGGAAGGACAUGUGUCACUUGAACUCAUUGAGAAUUCCUGCUCACUGCAGUUUUGUGACCGUUAUGUGGCAGAAACAUGUGUUCCAUACCGCCAUCACCUAGAUAUGGAGACAUCAUCAGAUCAGGCCUUCCAGUGCCUUGAUGCAAAGGCCCUUGUAGCACCCUCAAAUUAUGUAGGGUUCACGUUGGCGCAGGAAAAUAAAAGCUUAAACACGACUCCCCCUAGUUCACUGGAUCUAGAAUGGGAGCAUGAAGCCUUAUGCCAUCCUCGAUCUGUCAGGGACGAAGAAGAAGAUUCUGAUUCUACAGCGGCAACUUCAAUCAAUCAUUCCCGAAACCGGCCAUAUUACAAGUCACUUCACGCAAGAGCCUGUGUGGGAAGCAGACAAGGAAGUCUGACUCAAGACUCCUCUACUGGAAGUAAAGAAGGAUCAAGAAUGACUACUCCAGAUUCUCUUGAAUGGGAUUUUGUGGAUUCUUCUAUUCCAACCAUUGAUCAAGAAACAGAGCAGUUAAUAGCGGAAAUAGAACGUUUAGCAGCAAAUGCACUAGAAGAAACAGGUAAUUAUAGUUUGGAUGUGCAAAGAGGAUCUUUAUCUGACGGUGAUGAAAAUUGAAAACUGGCCUACUUUUUCAAAAUUUCAGCUUCUUGGGGCUGUUAGUGUAUUUUGAUUUCCUUUAACGUACUUGCACUUUAGGCACAGAAAGCAAUAGGUACCUUUUUACUCGUUCUGUUUGUCUGAGCAUAUUGGUUGUGUUAAAAUAAUGUGAAAACACUUUAAGUAAUCUCAUUUUUUUCUGAGAAAUUGGAAACAAUGUCUUAUCUUUAUUCAUUGUAUUUUCUGUGAUUAGCUUCAUUCACAUGCUUCCAUACAUAUCAUUAGUGUAUGACUUAUAUUUAAAAUUAGACUGUAACUGCCAAAACCAAAAAUUAUUGCGUCUGUCUCUCAGUUGUUUGUUCCUUGCCUAAUUUAUUUUUAAGUUUUAAUUCUAAGGUUUGUCAUUUAAAUUCAAAACUAAACCUAAAUUUUUUACGGAUAUCAUUAAGACCUGAUUCUUAUUUCAUUUUCAAAAUUGUGCCAAGGGACCAACAUAAAUAGAAUUUAUCAAUUAAAAACUAUAUGAAAAUUGAAUUGUGAUGGAAAGUUGCUGGAUCAAAUGUUCGUUAGAUCCAGUUUAGAGCACCUUUUGAUAUUUUGUGUUUGCCAAUAAGUCUGUGUAUAAUUGUGUCAAAGCAUCAUAAUAGAGGUAGCCAGAGAGGUCCUCUCUGGAGGUAGCUAGGGAAAACAUAUAGUGUUGGUAUUAUUCUGGGUGAGGAUUUUCAGGAGUGGAAAACAAAAUUAGAAUUCAGGAGUCAUAGAAUUUUUUGUUCUCAUUUGUAACUUCCUGGUUGCCAUAUCCUAACACAACCCACGACCAUCCGGGAAUUCCCCCGAAAGCUUCGUGGGCUCCUUCAGACACUCUUUUUAUCAACGUUUCAUCCGCAUUCCGAAGUAUUACUUGUAGUCUGUCAAACAAAAUGUCAAAAAAA